AUGAAAAUUCUAUCUGCUACAACUGGUGCUGUGAAAACUUCAUCUGUUACUACUGAUGCUAUGACGACUUCACCUGCUAAAACUGGUGCUGUAAAGACUGCAUCUGCUAAAACUGAUGCUGUCAAAACUACACCUGCUAAAACUGGUGCUGUGAAAACUUCAUCUGUUGCAACUGAUGCUGUGAAGACUUCACCUGCUAAAACUGAUGCUGUGAAAACUACAUCGGUAAAACGUGGUCUCAUGACAAGUACACAUCCGUCAGUAGAAGCUGAUGUUGGAAAACUCAUGAUAAAGGACCUCGAGAUAACAUUCCUCGAGGAUGAUAAAAAUAUCAAGACAGCUACUAGUCAGAAACUUUCUGACUUCAAGGAAUGGAAGAAAACGGCUGCAGCUGAGCAAAAGUGCUUCUAUUUAAUGUUUGAUGGUCGAGUAUGGGAUUCGUACAAACAAGAUGAAUACGAUCAUCUUGCUGUCAAGGUAGCAUUUGCUCUUUUUGGACCACCAGCGAUUGAAAAUCAAAAAGAAAUUACGAAUCUUCUUGAUGCAUACACAGAUGAUCAAGCUAAAACAGCUAUUCGUCUUAAGGACAAAAUUAUUAAAUCGCCAGCCUGUAAGUUACCAAGUAAAGUUGGUCGUGUUUUAGACAAAAUUGCCUCCGGUCUAGGACUCGCUGCUGCCGGUUUUACCAUCGUCGGACUGUUUACACCACUAGCACCGGUCAUACUUACUACUGCCACGGUUGUUGGCAUUUCUUCUGCAACUUACGGUACUGUUAGAUCUACCCAAAAAUUAGUCGAUAAAGGCACCCAUGGCGAAAGUCUUACAGAUCUUGAGUCACUAACCGCCUGGACAGCAAUAGCUAGUGCUGUAUUUAAUGUAGCAACACCAUUAACUAAUGGUGUAGUAAGCAAUAUGGCUAAAAUGGGUAAUGUGCUUCAACCAUCAGCACGUGUUGGUGUCACGAUAUUAAACAUAUCGACGUUUUCUAUCGAUUUUUUGUCAAUUGCACUAGCAGCCACGAAUCUUACUGUCAAAGCAAUAAAUAAUCAACUUACAGCUCUCGAUGUAGUACAGUUUUGUGUUAGCGUAUUUUUCUUUACGAAUACAUUAAUUCAACCGAAAACUGCUGGGCAAAUCAUCAAACGUGCACAAAAAGAACAUCUUGCCUCAGUUAGACAAAACAUUCAGGAUCCAGCUGCACAAAAAGAAUUUGAUAAUUUCAUUGCUUCAAACCGCGGUCCUCGGCAAAUGCAUGGUAAUGCUGAUCUAAUUAAGUCAAUUCGUUACAUCAAAAAUCCAGAUGAGUUUUUCACAUCGGUUGCCGACACAGGUAGUAUUGUCAUUCUUACUAAAGAGGGUACUUUCAAUAUCAACGGUCAAAUCGAUAUUCAUCCACGAGCAUUCCAUGAGAUUGGUGGUAUUACAAAUCCAACUCGUCGUGUCGAACUUCUUCAAGCCACUGCAGACUACAGCAGACGUAGAAUAACACCAGAGCAAUAUCGUCAAAAGAUUCGUUCCUAUCAGCGCGAGGAACGUCUUCAUUUUCUGAUGACUCAGGACGAAAUAAAGACAAAAGUGGCACAAGCUUUCAAUGUUCAAGAUCUCGCGCAAGUAGAGAUUGGUAAUAAAAAGAUUUUUGAGAACAUGAGCCCAGCUGAAAUCAAUCGGUUGGGAGGUACGCUCUCUGCAGAUAAUUAUAAACAAGAUGUUAUACAAGCAGCGAAGACGAUUGCCAAUGAACGAAAAUAUCAAACUGUAGAAGAUUUUUGUAGUUGUGUGGAAUUGGUACGUUCUGAACUUCAGAUGACAGAUUCUUUACUUAUGUCGAAAAACAAUUUUUUUCGUGCAUUAGUGAAACUUAAUCAAAUUUUACCAUCUGCUUCGGAUUCUGAUUUGUUUCGAAUAACUGGGAAUUUUCUUCGGAGUGUCUUCGAAUUUUGUCGUCAUCAAGGUCCACAAAAUCUAAGUGAUACGGAAAAACAAAUGAUUGUCUCACAAUUGUCUGAUGCAUUGCCAACUUUGGAGUCUGGUCUACCUGCAGCAUUUCUACCAUUGGAUGCCGAUCAACGUCAAACAGGAAAAAUCUACAGAUCAGCUAUUCAAUUCCUUAUUGAUGAUUUUAGUCAUUUAACCAAAGACAUCGAAACAACAACAAUGAAUUCUGAAUCUGAACAAAAUUCAUUGUCGACACGUCUGGCUGAACUUAUGAACUGUGGUCCAGUUGAAUCUCUACAUGAUAAUCUAGUUUAUUGGGAGAAUGAUACUGCAUUGGGAGAAUUUCCAUGUAAUGCACCAGCAGCUGACAUCACAGGUGUACCCAAUACACACAUUUGGUGGACUAACGAUGAUCGAAAUUCGAAAACGUAG